CCUCCCACUCUGCGUUCUCGCGCUCACUGUGCCCUGCCCGGGCUCGCACCUUGCCCGUGCCCUUCACUCGCUCUUCCGCGUGAUUUCCCCGCCGCCUUUCUCUACCAACUGGGAAUGCUAAAACGGGACUGAUGGACGUGUCCGAACUCUGCAUCCCGGACCCCCUCGGCUACCACAACCAGCUGCUGAAUAGGAUGUCCUCAGACGACAGGCACCUGGGCUCCAGCUGCGGCUCCUUCAUCAAGACUGAGCCGUCCAGCCCGUCCUCGGGCAUCGAUGCCCUCAGCCACCACAGCCCCAGUGGCUCGUCCGACGCCAGCGGUGGCUUUGGCCUGGCCCUGGGCACCCACGCCAACGGUCUGGACUCGCCACCCAUGUUUGCAGGCGCCGGGCUGGGAGGCACCCCAUGCCGCAAGAGCUACGAGGACUGUGCCAGCGGCAUCAUGGAAGACUCGGCCAUCAAGUGCGAGUACAUGCUCAACGCCAUCCCCAAGCGCCUGUGCCUCGUGUGCGGGGACAUUGCCUCUGGCUACCACUACGGCGUCGCCUCCUGUGAGGCUUGCAAAGCCUUCUUCAAGAGGACCAUCCAAGGGAACAUCGAGUACAGCUGCCCGGCCACCAAUGAGUGCGAGAUCACCAAACGGAGGCGCAAGUCCUGCCAGGCCUGCCGCUUCAUGAAAUGCCUCAAAGUGGGGAUGCUGAAGGAAGGUGUGCGCCUUGAUCGAGUGCGUGGAGGCCGCCAGAAAUACAAGCGACGGCUGGACUCAGAGAGCAGCCCGUACCUGAGCUUACAAAUUUCUCCACCUGCUAAAAAGCCAUUGACCAAGAUUGUCUCAUACCUACUGGUGGCCGAGCCGGACAAGCUCUACGCCAUGCCUCCCCCCGGUAUGCCUGAGGGGGACAUCAAGGCCCUGACCACUCUCUGUGACCUGGCAGACCGAGAGCUUGUGGUCAUCAUUGGCUGGGCCAAGCACAUCCCAGGCUUCUCGAACCUCUCCCUGGGGGACCAGAUGAGCCUGCUGCAGAGUGCCUGGAUGGAGAUCCUCAUCCUGGGCAUCGUGUACCGCUCGCUGCCCUAUGACGACAAGCUGGUGUAUGCUGAGGACUACAUCAUGGAUGAGGAGCACUCCCGCCUCGCGGGGCUGCUGGAGCUCUACCGGGCCAUCCUGCAGCUGGUGCGCAGGUACAAGAAGCUCAAGGUGGAAAAGGAGGAGUUUGUGACGCUCAAGGCCCUGGCCCUCGCCAACUCCGAUUCCAUGUACAUCGAGGAUCUGGAGGCCGUCCAGAAGCUGCAGGACCUACUGCACGAGGCGCUGCAGGACUACGAGCUGAGCCAGCGCCACGAGGAGCCCCGGAGGACGGGCAAGCUGCUGCUGACGCUGCCCCUGCUGCGGCAGACGGCCGCCAAGGCCGUGCAGCACUUCUAUAGCGUCAAACUGCAGGGCAAAGUGCCCAUGCACAAACUCUUCCUGGAGAUGCUGGAGGCCAAGGUCUGA